GAGGAAGCGGGCCGGAGUCCGCCUGGAGACCAGCAUGGUCGCGCCGCGCAUGACGAUCCCGAAGGAGUUCAUGCUCUGCCCGCUGGGCCACCCCGACAAGUUCGUCCGGGUGGUCGGGCUCGGGCUCCGCAUCCAGACUCGCGACGACGCCCCGGGCAUGGACCACAAGUCCUUCUUCGCCCUCGCGAAGUUCUCGCUGUGGUGGCUGCCGGAGCAACACCCGAAACAUGUGCCGCCUGCGGACGCAGGAGUCGGCCAGCCAGGGCGUGGACGGCGGCAUGAACUUCUAUUUCAUGCAGGAGAGGGCGCGCAGAAGGGCGUGCCAGACGCCCGGGUGGUGCUGAGCGGCAGCACCGACCCGCGGUACGCCAACCUGGUGACCGUCGCCAGCCCCUUCUACCCAGGCGCCUUCCGCUUCGAGGGGGCCUUCUGGCCGGGGCAUUACCUGGCGUUCCGGCCCCCGGACACCAUCCACAUGACAGGCACGGUGAGCGAGGAGAGACGGCGACGUGACCGACUUCCUACUGGCAGACUACGGCUCCAUACACAAGCUCAUGACCAUGGACGAGGUGCUGACCCCGCCCUGCGAGAGCCAGGGCAGCGGGGGGUACACCAAGCUCAGCGACCUCCGCGCCGACCUCGCCGUCCGCAUGUACUUCCAGAACAACAUGGGCUGCCCGGUCUGGAACAACAAGGAGUUCGACGUGUAUUUCGAGGGCCAUCAGGAGACUAUUGGGACUUCGACCGCAAGCACGCACGGGUGCGCGUGCGCCCGAAGGCGGAGCAGCUCACGAACCGCCUGCGCAGGUCGCGCCGGCCCGACGAUGUGGCGAGGGCUGUGCUGUGCGCGGGGGAGGAGCUCUGCGAGAUGACCCCCGAGGUCGUUGCAGAGGCGUUGCGGGCGCUCGCGGGCGCCCCGCCCCCGGACUGCAGCCCUGCGGACCGGAGGGACCUGCGCGCGGCGCGCGCGCGGCUCUGCUCGCGGCUCCCGGCCUCCUGCGAGACUGCGGAGCAGUCGCAGGCCGCACUCGGCGAGGUGGUCUCGCUGCACGGGGCGGUGUGCGGGGCCGCCGCCGCCGCCGCGGGCCUGGCGGCGCCCAGCGUCGCCGCCGAGGCAGAGGCGGAGGAGGAGGCCGCCAGGGCCGUGGCGGCCGCGGACGCGCGGCUGCGGACGAUGGUGCUGGAGAGGCUGGGGGCGGCGGAGCCGAGGGCGCUCACGCCGGCACUGCUGGCCGCGCUGCUGACGCUUCCGCUCGACUGGGUCGCCCAGCACCUGCGGCAGCCGCUGCUGGGCAGGCUGCCGCUGCCCGACCUGCUGCGCCUCGUGGCGCUGCUCGGCGAGCGCGGCGGCGAGCCGGGCGGCGACGGCGAGCUGGCCGGGGACCAGCAGCUGAGCCCGCCCCUCCGCCGAGCCUGCAGCGGUGUCGCCGCAUGCCUGUCCAUGCUCCGUGGGCAUUCAGGAAGGACCGCUGCAAUCCUGAAGGAGCUCAUGGAGUGCUUGCUGUUUUGCCCGAAGGCGGCCAGCGUGACGGCGCCGCCGUCUCAGAGGCUGGCCGCUGGCGUUUCUGCGCGGCCGUGCGGCGCGGAUGUUUUCGUGCUCUCAGUGUGCACCAGGAGCGCGCCGAUCUACAUGAUUGCGGCCUUCCUGACUUUCGUCGUCCAGAACUUCUACGAGGAGCUGAACACACAUGCCGUCCGUCGCGGGAUCCCCAGUCUGUACGCUGCGAAAGCCUUAUCAUUGCAGCUCGGUCCUGGCGCGGCUCCCGCUGUGACGGCGGUGCCGCCAGCUGGCGCUUUGCGUGCGUUGCUCAAGGUGGCGCUCGGCAAUUUCUUGGACGAGGCGGUGGCCCAUGUUCAACGCCUUCAGUGCUUGAACAAUGGUCAAGUGAACCGAGGCGGCGGGAAUUUCAAGCCCGCCAAGCGAGUGUGCCAUCGUGCGUGGGGCUCGCGCUUCCACUUGCGGCCGUUCACCGUCGUCUUGGCGUGGACUGGGACGGACGGCAGCCUGCUGAAACCCGCGUGCGCCUCCGUCUUCCACGCCACGGACAACUUCCGGAGCCACCGCGUGCGGCUCCGGGCCCUGUGCAGGCAGAAGUGGCCGGAGCGGAACCUCGGCCCACCGAAGCCCGAACGGCAAGCGCGCGGGAAGCCCGCGGUUGCGGCUGGGUGGCCGUGGCCCUCCGCGCGCCGGCGUCUGAUCGACUCUUUCAUGGCGACCUGA